AUUGUCUUUCUCAAUGCUGAAAUUUGAAAAGCACUCUAGGCACGUAUCUUGACCUGUGUGCUUGAAAGCAGCAGAAGCCAAGAAACCUUGAAGAUGUUUUUGCUUUCUUUACAGAUCCAUCAUAAACAUUGAGCAAAUUAAAUCAAAACGCAGGCAUAUUCUAUGAUAUUUAUAUCUUAGCAUAAUGAUACAGAAAAUGAUCUGUAUACCCAGAUCUAUUAGUAUUAAUUGUAAAAUGCAUUUUGCUAUGGUUGUGUUGGCAGUGACAUGAAUAUAUAAUUAAAAUGAUGAUCAGUCAUCCCUCAUUACAUUUUUUUUUAAUGUGGAGAGUUGAAGAGCAACUGGUGCAAUAAACUACAGUACGGAAUAUUUGCAUCUCUCACUUGUAUUAAAUGGGCUUUAACUCAUACCUUUAAUUAUGGUCAUAUGAGACUUCAUAUUUUACAGCUAAUAAAAGAGCUGGCGUGGCUCCUACAGUGACUUUUACAGGCAUCAUGCCCAUUUUUUAAUUGUGUUUGACCACAGUCAGAAAUAACUAUAGCUUUGCAAAGUUUUUAUGAAUUCUCUAAAUUCAUAAGUUACCCCACCAAGUGAUCUUCAAUGGCAAUACAGGUCAGGUACAUACAGUAGUCAGCACUAUACUGCACUGUAAGUCUGUGCUAAGGAUCAAUGAGGCAAAAUAAGUAGUUAACUAAAUUGUUGAAUACGUCAAAAUCAUUAUCAUGAUUUCUCCUCCGACAUCUCUUGAGUUCCUAUCUUGGACCAUUGUCACUGAUGAUCCCUAAAUUUUGCCUUUUUCCUCAGUUAUCAUUUCCCUGCCUGACACUUCUCUUUUCUGUGAUUUCAGAAAGAAGCCCCUGUAAUGAUUUAGUCAAAAACCAAAGCAAAACGCCUGGGCCUGGUUUCAACAUGACAGCUUUGUCAAAUGAAGAACCCCACUUGCUUCAACUACAAGAUGUUGGACCAAGCAAAGUGUCAGGAAUGACCUGCUCGCCGAGAAUCAGUUGCCCUAUUUCGUGCCGCGGGGCGAUGCCUGCAUUGAUGAUGGAACAACAUGCUGUUUGCAUCCCUUCCCCGUAUAGGGAUAGCAACCACGAUUACACAGCAGUGGCAUUUUAUAGUCCUUCGAUGCGUGGGUACAGUGGGCACAGUAAUGGCAGCAUUCCGGACAGACCGACAGUAAGACCGUGUUUGAGCCCCUCUGCAUUCUGGCCUCCACCAAGCCAUGUUUCCUCAUUAGCCCUUCAGUGCCAGCAGAUGCAUACAGAUCCUCCAAGGAGCCCUUGGAACGAGGAGAGAUCAAGAAGAGAGCAAAUACAGUCAGUGAGCAGCAAGGAAAGCAACAGAAUAAAGGAAAAUUCAGAAGAUCAGGCCAAUCCCAUUGGACGCUGCUCAGGUUCAAAACAGGCCAUGCACUACUGCGCGGUGUGCAAUGACUUUGCCUCGGGUUAUCACUACGGGGUCUGGUCGUGUGAGGGGUGCAAAGCGUUCUUUAAAAGGAGCAUCCAAGGGCAUAAUGAUUAUAUCUGCCCCGCUACAAACCAGUGCACCAUAGACAAGAACAGAAGGAAAAGCUGCCAAGCCUGCCGACUAAGAAAGUGCUAUGAAGUUGGAAUGAUGAAAUGCGGUACAAGAAGAGAGCGUUCUAAUUAUCGCAUUGUACGACACAGGCGUCUUUCUCAAGGCCAAGUGCAGCCCAGUAGUAAAGCCAGCAAAACCAAUGAAAGUGGCUUACUGCAGACAAGGAGGAUUCACUUCACUUCUCUGAGCCCUGAAAUGCUCAUGUCUUCAGUAAUAGAGGCUGAACCGCCUGAGAUUUAUUUGAUGAGCUAUCUCAUGAAGCCAUUCACUGAGGCCACCGUGAUGACAUCAUUAACCACCCUUGCAGACAAGGAACUCGUUUACAUGGUCAGCUGGGCCAAAAAAAUUCCAGGGUUUGUGGAGCUCGGUGUGUAUGACCAGGUAUGCCUAUUGGAGUGUUGCUGGUUAGAGGUGCUGAUGGUAGGGCUCAUGUGGAGAUCUAUUAAUCAUCCAGGGAAUCUCGUCUUUGCAUCUGACCUUAUUUUAAACAGGGACGACGGGAACUGCGUGGAAGGAUUAGUGGAGGUUUUCGACAUGCUUUUGGCUAUAACUUCAAAGUUCCGAGAGCUGAAUCUGCAGCGAGAGGAGUAUCUCUGCCUCAAGGUCAUGCUCCUCCUCAACUCCACUAUGUUCCCCGGUCCCUCAGAGAAGCCAGAAAAAAGUGAAAGUAGAGAUAAUCUGCUUAAACUUCUGGAUGCAAUCACCGAUGCUUUAGUCUGGGUUAUUUCGAAGAAAGGACUCUCUUUACAGCAGCAGUCAGCGCGCCUGGCUAACCUCCUGAUGCUGCUCUCCCACAUCAGACAUGCAAGUAACAAAGGUAUUGAGCACCUCUACAGUAUGAAGUGUAAAAAUAUAGUGCCUUUGCGUGAAUUGCUGCUGGAGAUGCUGCACGGCCACACUCUACACUUCCCCAGAAUGCCAGCCAUCACGUCAUCAGAAUACAGCCCAAAGGAACAAACCAAGGAGCCUGUCACCUGUUCAAAGCCAGAAGUAUUUUGAUAGGGAGCAACCCUGCCAAAGUGCCAAAAAUGCAAUGGAAGGAUACAUAUCUUCAACGUCGGACCAGACUCCUCCCCCGUCACUAUGAAUUGAUGCAUUGCUUUUACUGUUGGGUUGUUUAAGGAACACAGACCUCUACCAAAGUUAUCUGGAUUUAAGUCUCAGAUCAGAUGCACGUCCCUUCGAUCUCCCUUAUAUAAAAGCAUCUUAAAACUUUGAAAUUGAAGGUUAAAAUUUGUUUUCAAGAAUGAGGACCACCAUCAAAGCUCCCUUAUGUACAGCUAGACUAUAAUAACCAGCCAUAUCUUGAUGAUGCUGUUGUUUAGCAGCACAGCUAUUAUGAGGAGGUUUGCAGAAUUCUUUUCAUAAAACAAAAAUGCUUUAAAGGAACUGCUGCAUUGAAAAUUCCUAAUGUGUGUAGCAGAGAUGUAAAGUUAUGGCCAUGGGUUCAAGAGUCAAGCACUCCUUAUAUAUUCAGCUGGACCUCAGACAGGCACCACCAGCAUAUAGACAUAUAGACAAAUAGACGGGCAGACUGUUGUGUGUGCAAGUUAUCAUUGUCGAGGAUCAGGCAGCCAUUAUGAUCAACCGUUACAUUGAUCAUUAAAUAAACAAGUCUCUUGAACGGCAGCUCGCAUUCUCAAAACAAGCAAGAAUGAACCCUCUCUUGUUUGUCAGCUAAGCGUUUAGGAUGAGAUAAUCAUUGUUAGCCCUAUGUGUAAACUGGUGACUCAGAAGGCUUGUUUUAAUCCUAGGAAUGCUGAUGUAAGCCAUUUGCAGUUUAUCCAUUCAGACGAUCUACAUUCAUGCUGCUCUUAAUAUAAUGUGUAUGGGAUAUUGAAAUCAUGCUAUGCCUAGGUGCAGUACAUUUUUACCAUAUCCUAUGUAGUUCUCUUUUCAUCUGUAAACCAAAUGUGCAAUUAUCUGCUGAGACAGAGGACAGGGUAGAAUGCAUUUGUUGCUAGACUAGUAACUAGUAGACUAGACUGGAAGGUUUUGCUGAGUUGUAGUUGCAAGUAGCAGAUUCCUUUGUUUGCCAAUAGUUUUAUUUAAAAAGAAAACUAGACAUUUUAAAUAGGAUAACGGAGUGUGUAAAGAGGUGUAAUGGCUUUAACAGUUUGUCUAUUGUUAUGACAUGCCUAUCUCUAAAAUUAAAAAUUAUAAAAAUAAAAAAUGAAUUAGUGAUUUUAAACAGAUGAUUUUCUUUUUUAAUGAAUACAAUAUUUAGCUGUUUUUAAAUUAAAUGUUUAUACAGAAAUUCAAUUAAAUAGUUCAUUAUAUUAUACAAAAAUCAUUGCUAUAAUACAUUUUACAUUUUGUAUUUGAAUGAAUAUAAUACAGCUACCUUCUUACAGUAGUGUAAGGCUAUGUUGAUUACAUCUUUCGGCCACUCCCUUAUUCCUGUUAAAACAAUAUGUAUUCACCCUUGGGAGUUCAAUACACACACACACACACACACACACACACACACACACACACAUAUAUAUAUAUAUAUAUAUAUAUAUAUAUAUAUAUAUAUAUAUAUAUAUAUAUGUAUGUAUAUAUAUAUUGUGAGACAGCAGGGAGGGUGUUAAAGCCUCCCUGAAGAAAAAAAUAUGUGAAAAUGCACCUUUGGUUGAGUUAAUUGUGUUUUGAUUUAUUGUUUAAUUGUUUAAUUUAAUUGUUUAACUGUUUUAUUGUUUAAUUAUCCCCUACACCUGGGCGGUAAUUGGGAAUUGGGACCAGGUGCAGGGUAUUUAGGAGAGGCAGCUAGUCUGCUGUUGGCUGCUGAGUAGAAGGAGGCAGAUGUGGUGCUCUGCUUCCGAGCAGUCCUGAGAAAGUAGGUUCUGUGUUAAGCCUGCGUAGUUUUGUGUGUGGUGGGUAGGUAAACGGUUUAGCUGUCCUGCGAGUUAGUCAGGGAAUAGCCUGUUUAGUUAGUGCUCCAAAACGGAGCUAGGUGUUUGUUUUGUUUUGUUUUAUUUUGUGUUUAUUAAAAAAAAUCAGCGCAGAAAAAUCCAUUCCCGUGUGUACUGGGUCAUAUUUUUAAAGGGGCACGAACCCGAGUGGCAGCAGUCCAUUUACAAUAUAUAUAGUUCAAAAUAUAUAGAUGCAGUUUUCCAUUAAAACUACAAAACGGUAUGUGAUUAGAUAUUUUAACGUAACACUAUUCAGCAGGUUUCAUUUGACUUUAUGAAGUACAAUUUGUUAAUUCUGUAGAUAAUUCUAUAGAAUUAUCAUUGCUCAAGACUGUCCAGUAAAGGUUUUCUCAGCAUCAGUGCAGAAAAAAAGUUGCUUUACCUGAUCCAAGGUGAGACCUUGACUUAAACAUGUCGAUGCAAGGCUGUUUAUUAGCAGUAUCUGCCCUUGCUAUUGAUACAGAUCUUAAUCAUAUUCAAAUUACAUUUUAAAACACAAAAAUACAGGCAUAAAACAGGCCACAGAGGUGUCUUUUGUAUUUACGUUGCAUCGAUAUAUUGGUAAAUAAAGACAUUUUAUAUUAACUGCCUUGAAAAUGUUUCAAGUCGUUUCAUAGCUAGAAUGUACCCUCCAGGUACACUUUUAAAGCACUGGAAUAUUGGGUGUUUUUAUUCCCUUAUUUUAAAAUGGGAGUGUUUUAUAAUGUUGUCCUGUUUAGACAUCAGUGUUUCUUAUUUGGGCUUGAGUGUUCACUAAAACAACAUAUCAAAGAAAAAUCUGUCAAUAAUUGGUUGUAUUUGUUUGAACCAUUUUUACUUUUAAAAAGUCUACUGCUCGUAUAGUGUAGUGUAUAUGACCUAAAAAUGUAAGGUUUAAAUAGAGCUUUCUGAAAUAAUGAAAAUACAAAUCUGCUUCAGCAAUUUCUGUUUACUUUAUAAAACCUGGAUUUUAGUAUCAUUAUUUUCCUGGGGUAUUUUCAUGUACAGUGCUGGAUGGUAUAAAGUUCAUGUAACAUGAAUAAUUGGGUGUUUAAUGUUCUCCUGUUUCACUAUUAGACAGUUAAACAGAAGUUAAACCUAGUUAUUUAUGAAAGACGAACCUUUUUGGACAACAUCUAAAUUUAAACGCAUUGAUUUGCUUUGUUUCAGUUGUUCUAGAUGUAUGUAAAAAAAAAAGGCACUGGAAAUUGUCCUUAGAUAAUAAAUGUAUUUCUUUCUGUGUUCCAAUUGCUGUAGACUGGUAAAAGCUCACAUGUAGUUUCCUCAUUCAAGACAGGAAUGGGAGUCAUUAUUUUGUCUUUAUACGGUACUACACAAUUGACAGGUCACAUGAUUUUCUGGAAUGAGAAAAUAUAUCAAAUUUUUAUAUAAAAAAAAAAAAUUACGCAUUGUGAAGUUGACAUUUAAAGAUAUUUUCUGACAGAAAGAAUACAGUUUUUCAGUGUCUUGAUUUACUUGCCAAAGACCAAUCUGAAUAAGGCAAUAUGCACUCAAUUAUGUGAGAUACCAGGAACAGUAUGUGGAAAACAAUGUGAUUGUUUUUUUAGCUUGUUAAGUUUAUGUGGAACUGGGUUUUAUGUAAUGUGGAAAAGGAAACCAAUUAUUACAACAGCUGUUAAUUACACGUUCAGUCCAGUAAACAGGCACAGGAAUACUAUUUCCAGUUUUUUAAAUAAAAGACCGUUCGUUCUAAGAAUAAUAUUCAAGACAGCUGCUGGGUAAUUUUAUUGCACUGCCUGUCAAAUACAUUAUUAAGAGCUUUCCCAAGCCAGUGACAGGCAUUGUCCUCUGUUGGAUUGCAUCAUUUUGAUUACCUCUGGCAAUGUUUACAAUUUACAUGCAGCCUUCAAUGUUGUCAAGCACUUAUAACAACUUGUAUCUCUAGUCACUAAAUAUGUCACCUGAAACCUGCAAUUAGGUUAAAUUGAAUUUAGCGGCCACUUGCUCUCAAAAGACAUUUUGAGAAUGACAAAGGCAGCUUGGAUAAGUAUCAACCUAUCUAAGCAGCGACGCUUGUUCGGACCAGCUGACUGGUUCAUUCAGGUUUCAAUGUAUAGAAAUCCAGCCAGCUGCUACCUGUAUGUGAAGUGCAGUUAAAUGCUUUUGCAUACUUUCAUUGCAUCAAUAUGUUUUGGUGCCAAAAGCAAAACUAUGAUUUGCAUCCAAGCCUGUUCCCCAGCCCCGGUCAUUUCUUGAGCAUAGAGUUCUCAGAAACAUGAUAAAGAAGUCCUUGUAGCAUUUUAACACUGGAGAUAGGGGACUGCCAAGUAAUCCUUCUUUUAAUCUGUCUCGUUUCAGACAGCUAAAACAGCUUUUGUAUCUAAUGCUAAACGUGUUUCACUUUCAACAAACUUUUUACUACUUUUGUUUGGUAAAGAAUAACUGUCCAUUUUUGUUGGUCGCUAACCAAAUAGCUAAAGUUAUUAUAGACAAUUCAUAUAUAUUAAUAUAUAUUUUAAUAUUCAUGCUGUUAAGAUGUUAUCGUUAAAUUGUUCUAAAAUACAAUACAGUAUGUGUAUAUUACAAACACAUCUGUAUACAUUAUCAUGUAACCUAAAUUGGCCAUUGUUAAUUUACAUGUUUGGCUUGAAUGAUAUAAAUACAAUAUACCUGAAUAAACUAGGAACCUCAUUUGUAGCUACUGCAGACAGGGGACUGCUCACAGUAACUUUUUAUUUCAUUCAUACUGUAUUUUGUAUUACUGGCCAAUAAGAGUAAGGGGUGCUUACUUUAGGUAGCAGUAAAUACACAUUUUACUGGAGCUACAUACAGUAUACAGCCCAUUUGGUUUGCACCAAAAUGUCACCUAAAUGUUUCUGAAUUAGCAGUGGCUUCACUGUUCCAAUUUUCAGAACUGUGACAAAGUUGCCAAGAUUCACACUCUCUAAUCCUUUUACCCUGCAGAGGACUUGCAAAUUAAACAACAUCAACAUGAUGCCUGUAAAUCUAAUUUAGCCCAUUCCUGGAAGAUACUGCACAGUAGCGAGUGUCCCAAUAUUUUGCACAUAAAGAACGCACCUUUAGUAUAAUUUAGCAACAGGAACUGGCAUAAAAGGCACAUGAUCAAGAACUGACAUUUAUUGUAAAGUACAUGCAAUGUUUUCAACUACUAAUAAUGUAAUGUAAUUGGUGCCUUUUAUCAGAUGCUUUUGUAACUGUAAACCAAAUGCAAAAAAAAAAUGUUGUUUUGUGUCAUGUAUGUGUUGUAAAUGCCAAAUAAAUGAUUUUAUUGAG